AUGAAUAAAGAAUACACUGUAGAAAUCAGGGAUAAAGAGUCUGAAGAGAAAAAGGAGAGAGAUGAGAAAUUCUCAGGCCAACAAGAGGAUACAAACGGGAAUAAUGCCUCAUCAUCAUUAUCUGGCAAAACAAAAGGAAGCUCUGAAUUCUCUGCAGUGAACAUGGCUGGAAUGGUUGAGACUGGUCUGGGGAACCUUUCUUCUCAUUCUAAGGGAAGCUACGUCAGCGACAAUGGUGAUUCAAAACCAUAUUCUCAGAGUUCCGCAUCCCACGGGUCUGUGGCGAAUGAUUCUGUGUGGGAAUCUGAUUUGAAUGAUGAAGAUGAGAUCUCCUUUGGUUAUGAAGAUGAUGACGACGACUUUUAUGGAACAAAUGGACAGGAAGCAGCAGGAAGAUAUCCACCACAACAAGAGCUGAAUCCUCACAUUGAACAAGAAUAUCCAAUCCCACAUCCACCAUCCUCAUCAACACCAGAACCGCAAAAGCCAUCAGUGAGCCUUCCAGCCAACCAACAAGAGAACAACUUGAAGGCUCAAAAGGGUACGGCACAGCAAUCAUUAGCAUCUAAACCAGCAGGAUCGAAAUCUGCUGGGAGUCGCCGCAGCCGGCGUGGCUCCCUAGGAGCUCCAAGGCGCGACGACGACGAUGACAAUAAUGCUGGCAAAAAUACCAUGACGGAAGAAGAGCGCCGCAAGCGAGCGUUUGAAGAAAGGCUAGCCACGCUGGAACGUCAAUCAUCAAAAAACCAAAUACAGCAGCAACAACAGCAACGAAAGAAAUGCUGUAAGUGUACCAGAGAUAUAAUCCCCGUGGUGGCAUCCUUAUUACUUCUAGCAAUUGGGAUUGGAGUAGCUAUCUUCUUGUUGGUUGGACCCAACGCCGAUGAUGACGGCCCGUCUCCCACUUCUGCCCCAACUUUUACUGCAACGCCCCAGAGAACCAUUGAUCCAAAUCCAUUCCGAAGGAUGAGGGGAUACGAACCAUGA